AAUGCUGACACACACACAAACACACACACACAUACACACACACACAGCACUCUGACAGAGGACAGACGGACGAUGCAAAGAGGAACCUGUUAGAGAACAACAACAACAACUAAAGAAAAGAAAGAACGUAAAAGAGAGUUUAAAGAGAGAAGCUGAGGGAGCAAAGGGAAAGGGAAGAAGAGCAGGAACCAGGAGGGAGAAAGAGGUGCUGUGUGCUGUGUUUCAGUGAAACCACCAACGAAAUCCCAACCGAUCGUAAAACAGUCUAAUCAUUACACCAUUCUUAGCUACAACCUCACAAAAGAAGAGGACUUCAGCACUUAGGCCUGAGUGUCAAGAAACAUUUUUAAUAGAAUUUUGUUGACCAGCUGGAUUUCUAGCCAGUGAAACAGUGUCCCUGCCUGUCAAGAAGUCAACUCAGUAAACCUUACUCACUGUACUGUAGGAAAACAUUUAGUGUAGAGUAAACUUAUGCUAAAACCUACAAAAAACAACCUCAACAGUCAAACAAUGGCCCCCAAGAAGAAGGCCUCCCGUCAGAAGAAGCCUGCCGUGGAAACCAUCCCUCAGGUUGCCAUGGAGACUGCUCCGGCCCAGCUGAAGGUGGAGAGCCGUGGUGAUGGUGUGGUGGUGAUGGAGAGCGGAGUGCAGAAGAUCGAGCAGAUGGCGGCGCUGGACAUCGCUCAGCUGAACAGCCUCAACCUGCCGCUGCCUCCACCGAUCAUCAAGCCCGGAGAGAAAGGCCUCGGUCUGGGCAGCGAGCUGACACGACCCCUGCACGGCAACGCCCUCCUGGAGGAGCUCAGCAAGAUGCGACAGGAGAAGUUCCUGACUGACCUGGAGUUGGCCUGUAAGACGAAAGCCUUUGACGUCCAUAAGCUGGUCAUCUCCUCCGUCAGUCAGUACUUCAGAGAGAUUCUGGCCAAAGACCCGGGCAUGAAGCGCCUGGAGCUGCCCUCCCUCUCACCUCUAGGCCUGGCUAAUGUCAUCACCUUCGCCUACCUGGGUCGUGUCCACAUGUCCCUCUACACCAUCGGUUGCACCGCCUCGGCCGCCGCCACCCUGCAGAUCCCUCAACUCCUCAAGAUGUGCAUGGACUUCCUGCUGGCCGAGCUCAACGUGCAGACCUGUGUCUACAUCUGGAACAUCGCCGCUGCCUACAGCCUGGUGCCGGUGUGCGACGCCGCCCGCCGCUUCGUCCUGGAGAACUUUGUGCAGUUCGCCGACACGCCGCUGUUCACCCAGCUGACCCUGGAGCAGAUCUCCGCCUUCCUGCAGGACGACUCGCUGUUGUUGCCUUCUGAGGUCACUGCCUUCCAGUUGGCCAUGAGAUGGCUCGACUUCGACGCCUCUCGUCAGAGUCACGCCGCAGAGCUGCUGUCUCACAUCCGCUUUGAGACGAUCCCGGCCAGCGAGCUGGUGAGUCAGAUCCAACCGGUGUCCCGCAUGAUGAUGGACCCUCACUGUCACCGCCUGCUGGUGGACGCCAUGAACUACCACCUGCUGCCCUACCAGCAGAACACCCUGCAGUCCCGACGCACACAGGUCCGAGCCGGUCAGCAGACUCUGCUCACAGUCGGUGGUCGACCAUCACUCACAGAGAGAGCUCUCAGCCGCGAGGUGCUGUGGAGGGAUCCUCGUGAUGGAGCAGCUACCUGGCGUCACCUCACCCAGCUGCCGGCGAAAAGCUUCAACCAGUGUGUGGCUGUGAUGGACGGCUUCCUGUACGUGGCAGGAGGAGAGGACCAGAACGACGCCCGCAACCAGGCCAAGCAUGCCGUCAAUACCCUCAGCAGGUAUGACCCUCGCUUCAACACCUGGCUCCACCUGGCCAGCAUGCGUCAGCGCCGCACCCACUUCUCUCUGGCAGCCAGCGGCGGCCGCCUCUUUGCCAUCGGCGGGCGAAACGUGGAGGGUCUGCUGGCCACCACCGAGAGCUACCUGCCGUCCACCAACACCUGGCAGAUGCGUGCGCCUAUGGAAGUGCCCCGCUGCUGCCACUCCAGUGCCACCCUGCCCUCCGGAGACAUCCUGGUGACCGGCGGGUACAUCAACUGCGCCUACUCCCGCUCUGUGGCGUGCUACAACGUGGACACCGACACCUGGAGCGAGAAGGCCCCAAUGGAGACACCCCGCGGCUGGCACUGCUCCGCCGCCCUCGGAGGGAAGGUGUACGUGGUGGGAGGAAGCCAGCUGGGACCCGGUGGCGAGCGGGUGGAUGUGCUCUCUGUGGAGGUCUUCUCCCCGGAGAGCGGCGCAUGGAGCCGCACCGCCCCUCUUCUUCUCGGUGUGAGCACAGCCGGGCUGUCUCCGCUGGCCGACAAGCUGUACCUGCUGGGAGGCUGGAACGAGGCGGAGAAGCGCUACAAGGCGGCCGUCCAGAAGUACGACCCGGCCACAGACAGCUGGUCUGUGGCGGAGGAUCUGCCCGAGCCCACGGUGGGAGUGUCCUGCUGCACCCUGACCCUGCCGCCACGCCACGCACCGCGCCGACAGCAGCACCGCAACACCCCGGCCCACGAAGAGCAGCAGCAAGCCGGGAAGAACCGGAGCAGAGAGAGCAGCAUGGCUCCUUCACAACCCAUCACAGCAUAGAGAGACAGGAAGGGAGAGACUAGAAGAGAGGAGGGCGGGUUCAACCUCUGGAGAACAUCUGGAUCAUGUCUGCUCUUUAUUCUGUUGAUAUAUAGGCUACAGUAUGUUAGCAGUACAGUAUGUUGUUCACCUACUUCAAACUGAAACUCAAAUUUAUUUCAGUCUGCAAAUAAUUACACAAAAAAAGAAAAGAAAAACCAAACAGACAACAAACAAGACAUUAACCCCAACACAACAGUACCGGAGAAAACAAUGCAACCUAGCAGAGAGAUUUUUUCUUCAUAAAAUAUAUUGUGGAAAUAUUUAAAAAUAAAAAAUGAAUAUUUAAAACAAUUUUUUUUUUUUUUUUUUAAUACAUGUAUUACAUAUUUUUCUAAAUGUAACUCUAAAAGUACUGACAACAAUGAUUAUUGAGAAUUUGAUUGGACAAAAGUUUGCGUAUUUUCUACAGAUAUACACAAUUUAGAUGAAGCAUUGGUUCUUAAUCCUUCCUGAGGUGACUUUAGUUGUUCCUAAAAACAUAUUUACCUGACAUCUGACCUCCAUUAUAAUUACAAGAGAAAGAUGCUCAUUUAAAAUACAACCAGAUACAGACCCAUGAAACGCCCAGGACGCAAAGAGAGCUUGCAUGAUCCACAGUGGUCUCAGGAGGUUAUACAUUGAUGGAAACUGAGAAGGAAAAGGUGAAUACGGGAUGAAUAGUGGAGUGGAGCAGGUGGAGGUAGAGAGGUGAUGGAGGAGGAGGAUGAAUGAUGGGAAGACGGGAUCAGUGGCUGUCUGCGUUUGAGUGGGUUGAACAAACGUCACUGUGAAUCCACUGGCAGUUUGUGUACAAAUAUGUGUGUGUGUGUUCAACUGUGAAAAUAAGUGUGAAUGUGUGUGUGUGUGUGUGACAGAGAUGAGUGACGAGUGCGUGGCCGCGACAGGAAAAUGAGCCAAAUCUGACAAAAACUGCAAUAAUUAAGAUUUCUCAUUAGCAAACUUUAAAUAUUUCUUCAUGAGGAACGAAGCAGGUCAGCAAUAAACAGCCCAAUGUUUAUUGUUUUAUUUAUUUUAUGGAUUAUAUCUGUCAGAAGUAGUGUAGCUCAACUGUAAUAAAAAUGAAUUAAAAAAAAGAUAGAUGUAGGACUUAAAUAUGAUAUCAAUAUUUUAUAUGUGCAAUGCGGAAGGUUUACGAGGUGAACACGAGAGGAAGGCGGUGUGAACUCAACACAGGUGAGAAAUAAAUGUAAAAUAAGAGACAAAAAUGUACAAGAAACCAGGAAAAUUGAGAAAAAUAUUCAUAAAAUGAUAUAAAAAAUCUGAAAAAUGUAGAAAGAAAAUCCACAAAUAAAGAAGAACAAAUUGACACCUCACCUGCGUUUGUUUUAAAACAUUUGCCGUUCUCUGACUAAUCAAAUUUUUACCGAAACUAAGACAAAUCACCAACUGAAGAACCAGUGAGACUCCAGCAGGUGGAAACACAAACUGCUAAGAGCUGUAGCUGCAUAUUGAGAGUUAUUGAUGAAUAUUGUUUUAUCAUGAGGUUAAUCUGGCUCAUUUGAUUGGAUGAAUCCCUCUGUAUUUGUCACUAGAUGAGCUCUGUGCUGGUGGUUUCACUGAAUAAAGCCAAUGUGAUCAAAACAU